AUGAUCUUCUUGAACAACUCAAGCCACAUCAGUGAUGUAUAUGUAGAAAUACAGUACUGCUAUGACUCUGUGAGCGGAUCAUGCAAGAAGAAUGUCCAGCCUUUAAGUCUUCAGUUUUCCAUGUUUGCUUUCAUGGCCUUUGCUAUACUGGUCACAAUAACUGGGAAUCUUCUGGUCAUAACAUCUAUAGCGCAUUUUAAACAGCUGCACACCACCACAAACUGCCUCAUUCUCUCACUGGCAGUUUGCGACUUCUUUUUGGGGGCCUUCGUCAUGCCGUGCAGUGCGGUGCGGUCGGUCUACGGCUGCUGGUACCUGGGAGACUUUGUAUGCAAGGUCCACUCCAGCAUGGACAUCAUGCUCAGCACCACCUCCACCUUCCAUCUCUCCUUCAUCUCUGUAGACCGCUACCUUGCUGUCUGCACCCCACUUUUGUACCGCUCCAUAGUCAACUCUGUCACUGCUCUGCUGAUGAUCAUAACCAGCUGGGUCUUCCCAGCCAUCUUCGCCUAUGGGAUGAUCUUCUCAAACCUCAACCUGAAAGGCAGUGAGCACUACUUUGAGACACAGGUGCAGUGUGUCGGAGGAUGCACGAUGAUCUUAAGUCCAGCAUCAGCUGCAUUCUCUACUAUUUUUGCAUUUUUUAUUCCUGGCCUCAUCAUGUUGAGCAUUUACCUCAAGAUCUACGUCGUAGCAAGACGUCAGGCCAGAUCAAUUAAAGAUCUGACACAGCAGAUUAAGGUGGAGGGAAAGAAGGCAAAAACCUUGGCAGUGGUGGUUGCAGUUUUCCUCAUCUGCUUUACACCUUUUUUCCUCUGCAGUAUUUUGGACCCCUUCAUUGGCUAUUCCAUCCCACCCACACUGACUGAUGCCCUGGUUUGGUUUGGUUAUAUGAACUCGUGCUUCAAUCCUUUCAUUUAUGCUUUUUUUUACUCUUGGUUCAGGAAAGCUUUGAGUAUAAUUCUUAGUGGCAAAAUCUUUUACAGAGAUUCUUUAUGUGACUUCUUGAUGGGGGCCUUUGUCAUGCCGUGCAGUGCGAUGCGGUCGGUCUAUGGCUGCUGGUACCUGGGAGACUUUGUGUGCAAGAUCCACACCAGCACAGACGUCAUGCUCAGCACCUCCUCCAUCUUCCACCUCUCAUUCAUCUCUGUAGACCGUUACCUUGCUGUCUGCACCCCACUUUUGUACCUCUCCAUAGUCAACUCUGUCACUGCUCUACUGAUGAUCAUAACCAGCUGGGUCUUCCCAGCCAUCUUCGCCUAUGGGAUGAUCUUCCCAAACCUCAACCUGAAAGGCAGUGAGCACUUCUUUGAGACACAGGUCACUGAUGCCUCAUCGAAAAAGUCCAAAAUGAAGACGGAGCGAGAACCUGACAUGCCUCCACAGAAGAUGCGCCGUGGUACCGGGAAGCCCUGUCCGCGCCAGACUGCAAAAGACGGCACUGUGUGGGUAGAGGAGGACAUUGGAAGCGGAACGCCCAGUGCAUCAGCACAUCGCUUGUGCUUCACUGCGCGCACUGGACCCACAGAGUCUGCUAAGUGUGGUGUAGAUGUGUUGGACCAAAUGACUCGCAUGUAUUCAGUACGAGAACCAACACAGAGGUGGCCAGUAGCCGUAUUUUACAACAUGCUGGACCUGGUGCGGUGA